CUUUAAGAAGGAAGUUGUUCAGUCACUCAUUCAAAGUAGGGAGAGCGACCUGGGAAGCGGAAUUUGGGGCCUGGCCCUCCGCGCCUUGACCAAUAGAUCACUCUCUUCGGGGUCCUGUCUUCCUCUCGGCCCAAACCCCCAGCCGUAGGCGGCGUCGUUCCCGCUCUUUCUCGGCACCUAACUCCAGGCAACCGCUAGCUAGCUCCUGAUGUCUUCCGCCAAGUUAUGGCCCAGUGGUGCCUCCGCCUCUCUCGUGCCCUGUGAAGAACUGAAGAACCCGAAGUUUGUGGGCAAAGGCGGGUUCGGUGCAGUGUUCCGGGCACAACACAGAACAUGGGGCUAUGAUGUGGCAGUCAAGAUCGUGAACUCGGAGACGAUAUUCAGGGAGGUGAACGCUAUGGCGAAACUGCGUAACCAGCACGUGCUGCUCCUGCUGGGGGUCACCGAGACCCUCGAGUGGGACUACGUGUCUGGACCGGCUCUGGUGACAAGAUUCAUGGAGAACGGCUCCCUCGCAGGGCUGUUGCAGCCCAAGUGCCCUCGGCCCUGGCCGCUCCUCUGCCGCCUGCUGCAAGAAGUGGUCCUGGGGAUGUGUUACCUGCACAGCUUGGACCCAGUGCUCCUGCACCGGGACCUCAAACCCUCCAAUGUCCUGCUGGACCCAGAUCUCCACGCCAAGAUAGCAGAUUUUGGCCUGUCCACAUUUCAAGGAGGGUCACAGUCGGGGUCAGGGUCCAGGUCCGGGGAUCCAGGGGGUACCCUAGCUUACUUGGCCCCAGAGCUAUUGGUUGAUGUCAACCAGAAGGCGUCCCCAGCCAGCGACAUCUACAGCUUCGGGAUCCUCAUGUGGGCCGUCCUGACUGGAAGAGAAGCCGAGUUGGUAGACCAUACAUCACUAGUUCAUGGCGCAGUCUUUGAAAGGCAGAAUCGACCCCCAUUGACAGAGCUGCCUCUGUCCAGCCCUGAGACUCCUGGCUUGGAAGUACUGAAGGAGUUAAUGGUGCGCUGCUGGCAUUCUGAGCCCAAGGACAGGCCAUCCUUCCAGGAUUGUCAACCAAAAACCAAUAAAACCUACACCCUGGUACAGGACAAGGUAGAUGAUGCUGUCUCUGAGGUAAAGCAAUAUCUGUCUCAGCACAGAAACAGCGACAGCAAGUUGUCUGCCCUAGAGCCAGGCCAGAGAGCUGCAGAAAUGGAUGGCCCUGGGAAAGCCACGGUUUCUGAAAUGUUGGACCGCCUGCAUCUGCAGCAGGGUGUCAGGCCAGUUCCGGAGAAAGGCAUAAGCCUUACUGAAAGGAGAGGAGCACGGGCAGAACCGACUGGGCAUGCCACAACAGCAGUGACGUCUACAGAUACGGUGGCUGGAACUCCCCACAUUCCACGAACUCCCCACAUUCCACGUACUUUGCCCUCCAGAGGCCCAGCACCCAGUCCAAACUUUACUGAGACUCCAGGUCCUCACCCCCAAAGGAAUCAGGGAGAUCAAAGACAUGGCACCACCUGGACCUCCUGGGUCCCAGGGCCAAAUGCAGCAGCAGGUACCCAUUCUUCAACCCUCCAUUCCUCUCCCCCUGCUCAGCUUUUCCUUCACCUUCUUCCUCAACACCUUUAUAUAGAAUCGAGUUACCUCGGGGACGGCGGGGAGGGCAGAGGGAGGGAAGAAAGGACUAGAGAUCAUCCAACCCAAUCUUUGUCAUUUAAUGCAUGAGGAACUGGACACCCGCUAGGUGAGGAUCCCACUGAGGUCACACAACAAAGCCUGGAUUUGCCCCAGGAUCUGCUGACUCUCCCCAGCACCAGAACCAUAACCCUUCACAGUUCCCUUAUUGCUAAGGCAGUUCAGAGGGUCUUCCAUCGGAGACACCCAAAGAGCAGGCACUGUUCCUCCCGAGCUUCUUCUAUAAGACCAACUCUGGAGAGGCACAGCUCACAGUCACCAGCCGGCUAAGACCCUGCAUUUGCACUCCCCAGGAUGAACACAAGGUGCCGCUGCCCCUCUCCCCAAAGUGCUUGCUAAACUCGUCUUUCUAACCACUGAACCCUCCCACCUCCUCUUCUCUUAAAGGGCCACCGUCUGUUACCAUCACCAACUGUUCUGGAGUGCAGAUUGGAAACAAUAACCACUUGGCAAUACCACUAAGAACUGCUUUGCCCAAG